AUACAUUUACUCCGGACUCCGGAGUAGUUUGGUUGACGAUACCAUCAAGCUUCUUUGAAGUGGGACCGGACAAUAAUGUCUACCGAAAGAUUGAAAGAAGUAAAGGACUACGUGAGGGUAUUGAUCUUCAUGGUACAAGCCACCGGCACUCUGAUAGCCGCCGUCGUCAUGGCGGCGGGUUUCACCGGCGACCAUAAAACGCCGCGGGCGACGACGACCCCCACCGCCGCCUUCUACGCAUUCGCCGUCUCCGAUGCACUGGCUUUCGCGUGUUCUCUCUCCGCUACCUUCGCUUACUCCUCUCUGGCGGCAAGCGGCGGAUCGCCGUCCCCGCCGUUUUCGCUCGACGGCGGUGGUUGUAAUAAUGGAUAUUCCAAUGGGACUCAACGCUUCGCGAGGAGCAUGCUGGUUUCGGCUCUCUUUGCACUCGCGGUGGCUUUCGCCGCCGGUCUCUACUCCCUCCUGUUGGCCCACCCUGUCGCCGCCGCUGCUGUCGCGGUCAUGUGAAGUAGAAAUCUAAAUGAAAAUUAGAAAUAUUUACCGCACUAAAACUUAAAUCAUUUUCUUAAAUAUCACUUAAAUUGUUUUAUUUUCUAAAUAACACUUAAUAAUGUCUAGACAGAGGAAUAAUGUCUAGUAAUGGCGUACAUUUAGUUGAAUAAUGAAUAAUGACUAAAAGUGUUAUAUUAGAAAAAAACACAUAUGAUGUUAUUUAGGGAAAAUCAUUAUGUAAAAGUGUUAUUUAAGUAAAUUUCACAUGCGAAUUAUUCCCCUCCCCAAUAACGAGUAUAUACUUAAAAUUUGUUUAAAAUAUAUAAGAAAUGUUUACUGCGAUA